AUGGAAACAUCAGCUUCCUCCGUUACAGUUUCAGUAGCUAUAGUUGUUGUAUUGUGGUGGGUAUGGAGAACUCUAAACUGGGUUUGGUUUAAACCAAAGAUGCUUGAGAGUUACCUGAGAAGACAAGGUCUUGCUGGAACUCCUUACACGUUACUCGUUGGUGAUGUGAAAAGGGAUUAUACCAUGUCAAAGGAGGCAAGGUCCAAACCGAUCAAUCUUACGGAUGAUAUCGUCCCACGUGUGAUCCCUUUCCCCUCGUACAUGCUCAAGACUUACGGAAGGACUUUCUUUACAUGGCGUGGACCAAUACCAACAAUCACCAUUACGGAUCCUGAGCAAAUCAAAGAAGUGUUCAAUAAAAUCUAUGAUUUCCAGAAGCCACAUACAUUCCCUUUGGGAAGAGUUAUAGCCACUGGGCUGUUUAGUUAUGAUGGUGAUAAAUGGGCUAAACACCGAAGAAUCAUCAACCCUGCUUUCCACCUUGAGAAAAUCAAGAAUAUGGCACCUGCUUUCCACCAGUGCUGCAGCGAGGUAGUUGGAAAAUGGGGCAAUAUAGUCUCAAACAAAGGGUCAUCCUCUGAGGUGGACGUUUGGCCUUGGCUUAUGAGCUUGACUGCAGAUGUGAUCUCUCGUACGGCUUUUGGGAGCAACUACAAAGAAGGUCAGAGGAUAUUUGAGCUCCAAGCGGAACUAGCACGGCUCCUCACUCAAGCUUUUCAGAGAAAUUUCAUCCCUGGAUACAGUUACUUACCAACGAAGGGUAAUAGGAGGAUCAAAGCAGCAGGCAAAGAAGUACCAAUUAUACUGAGAGAGAUCAUUAACAAAAGGUUAAAAGCUAGAAAAGCUGGGGAACCCCCAAGCGAAGAUUUGCUGGGUACACUUCUUGAAUCGAAUUUAGGACAAGCUAAAGGAAGUAGACUGAGCAUUGAGGAUGUGAUUGAUGACUGUAAGUUUUUCUACUUUGCCGGGCAAGAGACAACUUCAGUACUUCUCUGCUGGACAAUGGUUCUGCUAAGCCAACACCAAGAGUGGCAAGAUCGUGCAAGAGAAGAAGUGAAGCAAGUUUUUGGCGAUAGAGAACCUGAUACAGAAGGCCUUAACCAGCUCAAAGUUGUGACGAUGAUAUUGAACGAGGUGCUUAGGCUAUAUCCUCCAGUGAUCCAGCUGACACGAUCCAUUCACAGAGAGAUAAAGCUGGGAGACCUGACCCUACCAAGUGGUGUUCACGUCAACGUACCUAUUCUGCUAGUCCAACGUGACACCCAGCUAUGGGGAAAAGACGCAGCAGAGUUCAACCCAGAGAGGUUCAAAGAUGGUGUCUCAAAGGCAACAAAUAGCAAAGUCACCUUCAUGCCCUUUGCAUGGGGGCCGAGGAUAUGCGUUGGCCAUAACUUUGCCAUGAUGGAGUCAAAGAUGGCAAUGGCAUUGAUGCUACAGAAAUUCUCAUUCGAGCUUUCACCUUCGUAUGUUCAUGCUCCUUACACAGUCUUCACCAUUCAGCCACAGUUUGGUGCUCAUCUUAUCCUCCACAAGCUAUAA